UCCGUAAUAUGUAAAAAUCUCGCGGUACGCUUUUCUAGAAAAAACGAUCAAAGUUUGAUAUGUAGUGAUAGUCGAGAAAAUAUUAUAUUUGUAGAUAUAUUAUUAUUGUAGAAAUAUUAUUUUUUAUCAUUGGAUCCCUGAUUUCGAAUAUAAUAUUUUUAUUGCAUAAAAGUUGAGUUCUGAUGACGAAAAUUGAGAAUUACGGGUAGAAUUCCGACCUUUUCGCCUCUGAUUUAGAAAAAAUGAUUUUUCUCAGGAACGAAACAAAAUUUUAGAAAAAGCUUCCCAUACUUUUUUUCCUACAAGUAUAAUGAUUAGAAGGAAAUAAUCAUUAAUGGUUAGUGUUACGAUGGAUAAAACUACAUACGUUUACAAAUUUGACAGUAGGGUAGCUGCGAUUCUGCUGCUGUUCCGUGAAUUUGGUUGUUAGUUUUAACUUUAAAAUUUAGAAACUCAGUUUUCAAUGGGUAAUCAGAAAAAGAUAGUUUUGCAAUUUUAGAAAAACAAUAAAUAUGAAAACUUUGCUUGUUCUCGAAAAAUGGGUAUUUUUAAAUAUUUUCAUGUAAAAAUGACUUGUGUUUUCCCGAUGCAACUCGAUGAGCUCUAUCCAACCAUGCCGAAAAAAGCGAAAAAACAUUUCUGUUGUAAUUUUGUAUUACCGGCACCUUUCUUUAGAAAAGUAUUUUCCUACUUGUUAAACUCGAAAUUCAGUAAGACUUCUGGAAUGAAUGCUAGAUGCUUCGAUCAGCUUCCCAUUGAAUUUCCACGUACUUUCAUGCUUUUCAACAGCAACUAGAUGCAUUGGUCGAUCGUGCAUUGGAUAUCGUAACAUGAUUCCGUAUGAACUGCUUUAGUUCAUAUUCAUUAGUUAAGUCUAAUUGCUUGCCGGAAACAGCAAAUCGAUAAUCAUUAUGGUUACCAAUGUUUCUUUCUAUUAGAUCAACAAAUCCGUUCACGGAAAAGUUUUCUCUAAUCUCAGCUGCGAUUACUUGCCCACUACUGAGUUGCUUGAAAGAAAGUUUUAUUGUCAUGAUUGGUUUUGACGUAUUAUCUGAAAAAACAUACAUCCAAAUCACAAAAGAACUUAGUUUUGUUUAGAUGGGAAAUGAAGCUGAAAGGUCUCCUACAGAUGAGAUAUGUGAUUAUAACUUGGACAUUUUAGGCUACUUGUAGUUUAGUAAGGUCGCAUGUUUUUAAUACAAAAUUGACAAAACGAAGUUUUGCUAUUAAAACUGAUUCACAUUAAUAAGAGACCGUAGCGGCAACUAUGAAGGCCCUCUUACAGUAAAGGUAGAUUUUUGCGGUUGUACGCAGAACUCUUCUUUAUGUUCUGUAGUAACUAUGUCAAGUACCUGUAUUUAUAGAAGCAGAGAAAAUUUCGUUUAGCAAAACUUAAAAAACAAAUGUGAGAGCCUACAGAAACAAAAUUUUGAAUGCAGCAGACAUAUUCACUAAUAUUAAUGUUGCACACAGAGUUGAAUCUAAUGGUACCACUAUACUUGUAGAGAAAGUACAAAACUGCACAGAACAUGAUUAAUACUUUGAUCAAAUUUAUUUUAUUGUGAUAUUUCUACAAGUUCUCUUGCCAUCAUCAGACAAUAAAGAUUGUUACAAAGUGCCAAAAGAAAGAGAGAAAUAUAUAUAUAGUAGUAAACGUAAGAACAGGAAUUUUCUAUAUCAUUCUACAACAGAAAAGAUAAAAAGAAGUUUCUUUUUUGUUCGAAGAACAUUGUUUUAGCCAAAGACUUUCAAUUUGUACUUAACUUCAUUCAAUGCUUUUCCUUGAGAGAAAUGUGUGAAAAGACUUUCUUUUAUGACUCUUCUUUUCCAAAGAGAUUCUGGUGCUAAAACUUCGCGAUUUCUAAAGUCCAUAGAAUGUCCGUUUGCAUUACAAUGUUGGGCAAUUUGAGAAGUAGCUUUAUCUUUACGAAUAUCAGCUUCAUGUUCCGCCAUUCUAGUAGUUUUUUCUCGAUCUGUUUCUCCAAUAUACUUUUUACCACAACCUUCGCAGUUUAUUGAGUAAACAAGUUUGUUCAGUUUUCGUGUCGCAUCCUUUCCUUUCUGAAUGGGUAGUAGAACAUUUCUCUAUGUCGAAAACUUUUGAUAGGCUAAAUUUAUCGUCAAAUUUGGCAAGAGUUUCUGUGUUAGUUUUCUGAUUUUUUGUACUAACUAAGUUCACAGCGGAAAUACGAUUUGUUUAAACUUUUUCUAUGGUGCGGUCCGAACGGACCGAGUCAAACACGGCUAAUAAAAGCUAUUUUAAUUUUAAGACAAUUAAGAAUACAUAAAGGUUUCGCUACUAAAUAACAAAAGCUUUUCCCUUCGUCCUUUUCCUACCUUAAAAUUUUUUUAAAACUUCAUCUGUUUUUUAAAAACUCUUUUUUUCAAACUGAAAUCACACGUUGUCAGAAAAAUUCUUUUCAAAAUAAACUAAUGCGAUAUUUUUUGACUUUCAUAACAUCAUACGAAAAUUAAAUACAAUGUUAAUACUUUUACGGUACUUUACCGCAAUAAAUCAUUUCUCAGUGUGUGUAACAGAAUGUCUUUCGUGUUUUUCGUAACGCCGUUACGGCCUACAAAAACCGUUCUCAAAAAUCCAGACUUCAUCCAAAAAUUUCAUUUUUAUACCGUAAAUGGGGGUCGACGAGCUGCAUCGAAUAGCGUUUAAAUGAGCUUUUUAACUAUUUUAGUUUCCGAGAUAAUUUCAUUUUAGUGCGUCCAAAACGUAACGCCGUUACGUUUGGACAUGCCGAUAUAUGGUAUACGAUAAACCAUCGUAAUGGAAAUAGUGCUUGUGAAGUGACAGAAAGUCACAAAAUUCGAGGAGUUUUUUGGGAAAAGAUGGAACUCUAUCAUUUUCCUGUAGAUGCACAAGAAUUAUCCAUCUCAAUAACAACAACAAAAUCAGUUGAAGAAAUUAAAAUUAUCCCAAAUCAAGAGAAACCGUUUGGCGUCAAUCGUUUACUAUCUAAAGAUCAUGCAUAG